CUGUCGAGCCCCGCCUUACUGGCCAUGCUGUACUGCUCCGCUCAUUCCUCUUAUUUUCUUGAUUUUGUUUGUGUUGUUCAAUUUUACAGCUUCUAUCUUCUUGUCACGUCUCACUUUUCCCUGUUUGUGACAUCGGAAUAACAGCUAUACAAUACUGAAACCGUUUUUGUUAAUAGCGAUAAAUCUUAAUAAAAACGUUUUGUUAAUGUGGUGGACCAGCAAAUCCUUCUGCAAAGCUACCGGAAGUGCAGCAGCAGGAGAAUCAGAGAAGAAGUCUUGCUAACUGUUAGCAGUUAGCUUCUUCCGUCAUGGCAGAACUGAAUCGACAGCUUCAGGAAUAUUUGGCCCAGUCCAAAGGUGGCGGCGCCAAAACCAUCUCCCAGUCCAGCUCCAGCACUACGGUGAACCUGGACGACCCGGAGCCGGUACCCGGAAGCUGGUUUGGCCGGUGGUCCAGCCCAUGGUCCAGGAGCCGCGGCGGCAGUCCGUCCAGCCAGGGCUCAAGCGGAAACAGUGGAUUUUCCUGGCCGUGGUCGGCCGAGCCUGAUCCUGGUUGGAGCCGGGGGCAGCGGCUGUUGGCAUUCAGCGUGUGUGUGUCGUUUUCCGCGCUGUGCUUUGGGCUCUCGGCGUUGUACGCGCCGCUGCUACUGCUCUACGCCCGCAAGUUCGCGCUGCUCUGGUCGCUCGGGUCCUUGUUCGCCAUCGCGGCAGCGGCAAUGCUACGUGGCCCCAGCAGACUGAUCGUGGGCCUGCCUACCUCCCCUGGGGCCGCGGUGUACCUGUGCGCCCUCGGCGGGACUCUGUACGCGGCGCUGAGCCUCCACAGCACCGUGCUGACCGCACUGGGAGCCGCCCUGCAGGUCGCCGUCAUCGUCGGGUACGUGGUGUCGCUGCUGCCCGGGGGCAGCGCUGGGAUCCGCUUCAUGGGGGGCAUGGCGGGGUCUCCCGUCAAAAGGACGCUGACCGGGAAAACCAUGCCGAUCUGACCGGGGACUGAGGGUCGGGGACUGCCUAGAUCUCACUAGGCAGGUCACACAUUUUAAAACUCUUUAUCUCCAAACUAGGGUGCGAGGGGCCCCAGAUGACAAAGGACCAACCUUAAUGACUGUCACUAUGUUUACCUGCAGACACUGAUUAUUGACUACUGGCUGUCAGCUGAUUAGUCUCAAGUUGUGUACUUCCCAUGUUCGCUGGUUGGGGAUCUGACACAAACUGAAGCUGCUGACGAAACUAAACCCUGUCCUGUGGCCUGCAGGUUAGACUAUCUGCUCACUGAGGACCAAACAAACUGUGACCCUGGGAACUGGGACUGUUUUUCUGAUGUAUAAUGGAUCAUUAACAUGUUUGUGGUGAUUCAGGUCUGAGAGUAAACAAAUUGUUCAAUGUAGGAAAUAAAAAAAACAAACAUGUUUGGCUUCUUGUUUUCU